CACCACCAACCUCGUCUCGCUUGACAAGAGUCGUCGUCGUCGUCGAAACCCUAGCCGCGCGCGCCGCCGCCUCCUCUCCCGCCCGGCGCCUGCAGCCGUCGUCUUGCCUCGCGCCGCCUCCGGCCGACCGCCGCGCUCCACCAGCGCCGCUGCGUCCGAUGGAUCCGCAACAACCUGAGCCCGUCAGCUAUCUCUGUGGAGAUUGCGGAGCUGAGAACACACUGAAGCCAGGAGAUGUGAUCCAGUGCCGUGAAUGUGGCUAUCGCAUCCUCUACAAGAAGCGUACCCGCCGGAUUGUUCAAUAUGAAGCACGCUGAAGAUAAGGGAAGGCAUCAGUCUUUCUAAAGCAAUGUAAUGAGUGACCCCUCAAAAGUAUGUUAGUGGAACUGUAUGGUAUUCAGUUGUAGGCCCGUAUGGCCAUUGGACUUUCGAUAGAAGUGGUUAAAUCCGAGCUGUGUUUUGAGAUUUGAGAAAUUUAAGGUGAUGCCACGCUUAUAUUGCCUGAGAUCUUGAAAUCAAAUGCAUAGUUUUAUUGCAGUUGCCAACGAGCAGCAACGUGCUGCCUCAAUUGGUUAUUGAUCUGCUAUUUGUUCAA